CUUAAUCUCUUCUCCAUCUAAUCAAAUUAAUCUCAUGUAGAUUGAAUUUUCUCUGUGAUUAAUUGUGUUCAAUUACCUCCAUUUGAAGGUUGGUGUUAAUUGUUAUCAAAGAGUAAAAAACAACAACAAUGGAUCAUUACAAUUGUUAUCAAAAUGUUGAUUUUCUCAAUUCAAUAGUUUAUCAUGUUACGUGUGUUAAUUGGUUACAAUUUAAUUUUCUAAUCAUCCUGUAGUUUUGUAGAUUUACAUGAUUAAUUUUGAUUGAUCAGUAAUUUAUUGUUUCGUUUUUAUCUUCUAUGUGUUGUUGAUAACUGAGUGAAAAUUAGUGAAAAAUUAUUGUAAAUUAAACUUAACUGAGUUACAAUUGUAUUGGGAUAAUCAGUUAAUGGAAUCAAAUCAAUCCAAUGGAAAUUAAAAUGUUAACUAUCAGUGAUAAUUGGAUUAACUUAUUCAUCUUCAUUAAUCAACAAAUUUCUUCUUAUAUCUUAGAAUUACUUGUUUAACAAUUUACUACAAUUGGUGCCACUAAUCAAUAGAUAAAAAGUAAAUUAAUCCGAUGGAGAAUCAACAAUCAUUGUGAAUUAUCAUCUUUCCAAAUGAUUAAUCGAUAUAAUUAACAUUCAAUAAGGAAUCAAAGAGAGAUCAAGUUAAUUAAUACAUUAUCUUAAUUAACAACAACAUAACAACAACAACAACAAUCAAGUUAAUUUGAUAAACUGUUUCAAAAGGGAAAUUGAAAAUCUUGAUCAUCUCAAUUGUGUCUCACUCACCAAAACUGACCAGGUAAAAAAUACAAGGAAACAAUUGAAAUAAUUAUCAUUAUGUGUGCGACUACAAUUAACAUCAAUCAAAAUGUAAUUACCUGGAAAAGGAUACAAUUGAAACGGUCCAAAUUGAAAGCUUCGGCGAAAACUUCAUCCAUGUUAGCUGGAUUCGCCAUUGUCGCCAUGGUUGAGGUCAGUUUCCAAAACGAACCCGAUAAUCCAGUUCCACCUUAUCUCCUGAUGAUAUUCAGCGUCAAUACGAUACUUUUGGUUUCGGUUCACAUGUUGGCCUUAAUGAUAUCAAUUUGUAUUCUACCAAGUUUAGAAGAGAUUUGUCAAGCUAAUCAAUUCGGUAAAAUUGAUCCAACUUCAUCUCCUCAUGAUGAGCUCAAUAUUUUCAUUGAACUUUCAUGGAUUUUAUCAAAUGUUUUAGGUUUAUUAUUGUUUCUCAUUGAAUGUGUUAUCUGUUGCUGGUUAAAAUUCUGGGAAAAUGGUUCACCCAGAGGUGAACCAGGUAAACGAGUCGCUCUUUCAGCGACAAUUUUAUUCAUUCCUAUUUUAAUUACCUUCAUCUAUUUUGCUAAUCACUUUUAUCAUUCUUUGGUUAAAUAUAAUUUUGAACGAUCAGCUUUACAAUUAAAGGAAGUUGAAAAUAUUGCUCUUGAUUUGAGAAGUGGUUUUCCUCAUGACAUUGCCAGAUCAACUUCAUUACAACCAAAUUUUGCUCAUUCCACCGUAAUCAUUAUAUAAAAACAAUUGUAUCGAUCAAACAAUUAAAUAUUUAAUUCUAAA